AUGCUGAAUGUGCUCCUCCUCAGUGCAGGAGUAGAUGAGGAUGUCAUCAAGGUAUACAAUACAACAUGUGUCAAGAAGGCCGCUGAGGGCUCAGUGUAUGUAAGAUUGAAAAGUUGCCAGUGCAUUGGCAAGGCCAAAUGGCAUGACUUGGUAUUCAAAAUGUCCAUAUCUUGUGUGGAAGGCUGUUUUCCAUUCAUCACCCAUGUGGAUUCUGAUGUGGUGGUAUGCAUCGCGCAGGUCAAGCUGAGUAAAGAUUUUGGCACCUGA